CCCUCAUUCUCUCUCUCUCGCUCUCUCUCUCUCUCUAGCUCUCUCUCUUUCCCUGGAGGCGAGAUUUGCGGGAGGAAAAAAAAUCAACGACGCCUUGAUGCUCGACUCAGAGAACUGGCUGCACUUUAAUGCACUUUUACGCAGAACGAAGUUUAAAAAUCCCAAAGAAAUCGUUUGGGAUGUUACCUCUAACGUGAACUGUCGCUAAAGUUCGGUACUUUUGUCGCUGAGAUCAUGUAAUUCACAUGAAAAUCUGACGGCAGAGUCGUCCUGGAUUCGAUUAAGGGGACGAGCGUGACCGAAGGACUCUGUUGGGAUUCCCAUUUUAAAUUCUGCAUUCACCCCCGUGAGAAAACUAAGAGGAAUGCUUCACGAUGACGACCGGACAAAACCUGGAUUUAAUAGCAGCAGAUAAAGACCCUCACGCCGCCGCCACCGCCGCCGCCGCCGCCGCCACCGCCGUCUCCAGCUGGAUUUCUAUCUGACCCUAAGCUUUAUUUGCAUCCAGCCCUGGAAUUCAGCCUGAUGUGCUGAUCUUGCUAUUUACCUCGCUCACAGAGUCAUCCUGAUGACAAUAGUUGGAAGGAAAGAAUGCAGGACCGUAGAUGAGCUAACUCACUGAAUAUAAUGGCAUUAUUUUCCAUUAGAAUCUGCCUGGCUCGUGGUCAUCAAAGGAGCAUGUUUUAAAGCUGAAGUUGAAAGACAUCUUUGGAAAAGACGGUCCGUCUUCAUUCAGCUUCCUGGUUAGCAGUAUUGAAAAGGAGGCGCCCAUUAAAGCAUUUGAAAGAUAGGAGGGUUAGAACUGGAGGUGGAGUUGCCAGCUGCCUGCUGGCUGGAGAUGAGAUAAGAGCAUUGGUGGGAGAGAAACCAAGCGCCUGUCUGACAGGAGCGGAAUACAAAUUACCGUUUGCCUCUCCGGUCGUUGCACCGCCGUGGUGAAUCAAUACUGAAGAAUUGGCGAGGACAAAUUGGCGGGCUCUGAUUACAGGAGCAUUAUCCGAAAUGAUAGACGUCGGCUCGUAUGAGUGACCGUUUCAAGGACCAUCAUGGAGGGAAGAUGCUGCAGGAGAGAGAAGCUGAAACCAGCUCUGCUCCGCAGGCUUCCUUGCGUGAACUUGUGAUGCCUGUUCUGACGUCCAGCAUGGCUCUUAACUGAAGGUCAAAGAUGGAAGUUGACAACAGCUCCCUUGACUACUUCUCCAGCAACCUCACAGAACUUCCAGAUUCCACCUCCGAGCCUCCAUGGAGUGAAGAAGCCCUCCUUGUUUUCAAGAUCUCCCUGUCCGUGUUGUUAGCGCUCAUCACUCUGGCUACCACGCUUUCAAACGGCUUUGUCAUCGCCACCAUCUUCAUGACUAGGAAGCUUCACACUCCCGCCAACUUCCUGAUCGGCUCGUUGGCCGUCACGGACCUCCUGGUGUCCAUCAUGGUCAUGCCUGUUAGUAUCCUCUAUACCGUCAGUAAGACCUGGUCGCUGGGGCAGAUAGUGUGUGACAUCUGGUUGUCAUCUGACAUCACCUUCUGCACCGCCUCCAUCCUGCAUCUGUGUGUGAUUGCUUUGGAUCGCUACUGGGCGAUCACCGACGCCCUGGAGUACUCCAAGCGUCGCACCAUGCGGCGGGCAGCUCUCAUGGUGACAGUCGUGUGGGUGAUCUCUAUUUCCAUUUCCAUCCCGCCGCUUUUCUGGCGUCAGGCAAAAGCCCACGAGGAGCUAACAGAGUGCGUGGUGAAUACAGAUCAGCUCUCUUACUCGCUCUACUCCACCUUUGGCGCCUUCUAUGUUCCCACCAUCCUCCUGCUCAUCCUCUACGGGCGGAUCUACGUCGCCGCUCGCUCUCGCAUCAUGAAGCUGCCGUCGUCCUCUGGGAAGCGCUUCACCACGGCGCAGCUCAUCCAGACGUCAGCAGCCUCCUCCCUCUGUUCUCUGAACUCAUCCUCUAACCAGGAGGCUCACUUCCACUCUGGGACGGUGGAGGUCGGAGGAGGGUCUCCUCUCUUCAUCAACAGUGUGAAAGUGAAGCUCGCAGACAGCGUCCUGGAGAGGAAACGCUUGUGCGCCGCCCGAGAGAGGAAAGCCACCAAGACUCUGGGCAUCAUCCUCGGCGCCUUCAUCGUGUGCUGGCUCCCGUUCUUCGUCGGCACACUUGUCAUGGUCACGUGUAAAGAGUGCUGGUUCGAUCCUGUGCUGUUCGAUUUGUUCACCUGGUUAGGAUACCUCAACUCCCUCAUCAACCCCAUCAUCUACACCUGCUUUAACGACGACUUUAAGCGGGCUUUCCAAAAACUCAUCAAGUGUAGACGAUUCACCUGAGAAGGUCGCGGACGGCGCCGACAAACCUCAGCAGGGAAACCCAGAAGGAGACUGCAGGAAGUUAUUAUAAAGUGUAAUUCCAUCGCUCAUGUGCUUUCUUCCAUGGAGUAUCUUCUGUAUUGCCCUGAAAAAGACGUAGACAUGCAUGCUAAAAAUAGAGAGGCAAUUUCUUCCCAGAAUUAUAGAAGUCAUUUACACAACGAGAAGAUAAUGAGCGAGGUCUGUGUCGUUAAACGGAGAUAACAAUGUUUAGAUUAUCGUCAGAGACUGGUGGAACCGCGUCGGGAAGGCGAACUCGGAGGGACUGGAUGUGAUCCAGUGGAAUUGAAAAGCCAUGAAAUGUGUUUUGUCUCAGUGUUUGUAUGCUGCUGCUCCAUAUGUUCCUGUGGUACAGUAAAGCCCUUGGAAAGCAAACACAGCUAAUUUGUCUCUGUAUAUGCAAUUGCAUGUGUGUGUGUGUGGGGGAGUUGAGUGUGGACCUAUAAAAGUCAGGAAGGGGUUGUCAAGGGUUUGGCAUUAAUACACCCGCCUCUUCUGCCCCACAAUUCUCCCGUCGAGAGGCUUAUCCUAUCAUUAUAGACUGAAAUGGAAACACAGUAUCUCCCCGAACCCUUGAGCGUC